GCUCAGUGCUUAUGGAAAGAAAGAAAGAGAGAGAGAGAGAGAGAAGGCAUUUCGGAUAAAGUAGAAAUACCUUUGCGGGAAUAUAGGCAAUUUGUCAUUCACACCCGCAGAUUCAACUGGUUUGUCAUAUGCUUCCAAAUUGAACUCGAGUAAUCCAAAUUGCAAUUCCGCUCCGGGAAUUUUGUUAAAGCAUGUGUGUAAUAACGGCGUGUGGGUGUAUUGUUUGAACUCUUCUUUCUUCUUCCUUUCUUUUUUGUUGCUCAUAUACACACGCCGCCAAAAAAAACUAGAAAAAAAAAUGUCUGUCGACGCUGUAAACCGAUAUCUUCAAACCACCGUGGGUCGUGAAAAGCUCUUACGUUUCGUCCAAUACUUUUCCCGCUUCUACGCCUUUUACUUGUUGCGCACCGGUGCUCCCAAAGAAGCCAUCCAACGCUGGGGCGAUUUGAAAGGACACAUUGGCAACGGCCGCAAGUUCUUCCGUCUGUUGAAACAGUUGGAGUUUGCUCAGGCCGGUUACAAGGCCUUGUCUGUUCAGGAUGAGGUUUUGAAGGUCACUGCUGUCUUGAAGCAAGCUGGUAUGUUCUUCUAUUACUGCACUGAGGCUGUCGUUUUGGCCAACGCCGUCAACUUUUACAAAGUCGCAAAGAUCAAGGAUAUCCAACAAAUUGGUUUCAAGUGUUGGUUGACUGCCCUGACAAUGUCUGUCAUUUCCACCUUGUACAAGUUCCGCAACCUGAGCAUUCGUGCAGAACAAUUGGAAAAGACCUUCAAGUCUGAAAAGAGCAGUGAACAGUUGGUGUCGUUCGAUGAAGGCAUUGUUGGUUUGGCUGGUAUGACCACAUCUUGGUUGGCAAUGACCAGCCAAUGGAAGAAGGUGGCCGCUUAAAGGAUGUAUGCGAUCCUAUCCCAUUAUUUCUUAUAAUAUAGUAUAGGCCCAACCC